AUGUUAAAACUUAAACCAAUCGAAAUUGAUAGCAAUCAUGUUGUUAUUAAUACAAAUACAAUAACAACAUCAGUAAUACCACAAUCAAAUCCAGUAAAACGAUCACGAAAAUCAGCACAUCCAUCAAAAACUAUUCAAACAUCAAUUGAUGCAUCUUUUUUAAAUCAAUUAACAAAAACGAGAUCAAAUAUUCAAAUUGAAGAAUCAACAGAUGAUGAAUUAUUAAAUUUAUCACAAAUUAAUAAUAUUGAUGAACAAGAAAAUAAUGAUGAUGAUGGUAAUAUAAGUGAUGAAGAAACUACUUCUAUUAGAUAUGAAAAUCUAACAUCAAAACGACCACGUUUAACUUAUGAUAAACGUUUAGAAGCAAAUGCACGUGAACGUGAACGUGUUCAUAAUUUAACAGCUGCAUUUGAAUCAUUACGUCAAGUUAUACCAAUGUAUGGUGAUCAACCAAAAUUAAGUCGUCUAUCAAUAUUACGUAUUGCUUGUUCAUAUGUUCUUGUACUUGGUUCAUUAAAUGAAAUUGAUUUUAGUCAAGAACAAAAUGCUUAUACAUUUAAUGAAUGUUUUCAUAUAUUAUCAAGUACAAUUUUAAAUGAACUUAAAAGAAAAAAAAUCAAAUAA